ACACAAGUUCGUAACCAGCGAUAGAAGAAAUAUAAACAAGGCCAACAAUGUCGGAUUCCCUUCGGCUCCUUCUCGACCACCUCCUACUGUAAGCUCAUACAGUAUAAUACUGCCUAGCUCUUUCUCAAUCCCAUUUCGGCAUCUAACCUCCUACUUAUUUUAUCCGUGGUAGAUUAUCCGAACGAAUCGGAGAUUCUCUCUCUCGAGUGACUUACACCCCGCCGGAAUCUUCCAAUGUCAACAUCAAAUCCACUGUCGAAUCCCUUCUUCCCAAUCGAGGCUCUCCUUCUCUCUCCGAGAUCUCCGAAGUCGAAGUCUGUGCCAAAAUAAGUGACUUCACGUUAUGCUGUGCAGCGUUGGCUGCCGCCUCGGAGUCCACUUACGGGGAGCUCUUGUGGAUCCCCGAUUCUCUCUCCGAGGCCGCUGUCUCGGCCUUCAAGCAGCUCUCUGAAGCUUACUCGACCUUUCUGCGCCCGAAAAACUGUAUGAAAGUUGGCGAAUUGGAGUUUGAAUUGAAAUUUAUGUCGAGUGACGUGAGGUUACAGGUUGAGUUAAUGCCUCAGGUUUUGCCUUUGCUUAAGAAUAAAAUAAAGGAAAGUGCCAUUGACAAGUCUAUUGACACUGAUGAGUUUUUUUGCUGCUAGCGCAAGAACUCCUGUAGCUUAUGCAAUUCUUGCUGCUCACCAACUCAAAUGGAUUGUUACCCAGGUGAACUAUCCAUUUCUGGGGAAGUUGUGCUCUUUGGUGAUUCCUUGUGGACUGACGGCUCUUGAUCACUGGUCACAGCAAGGGCAGGACAUGAUUAGCUUCAUACAUCUCUCUAAAAAUGCGAAUGCUUCUGAGAUUGGUUGGUAUGAAGACGUAAUUCUUGAUGCCUGCUGCCAAAACAUUGUUUGUUCAGAUGAUGAAAUAUGGCAAUAUGUUGUUGAAAUGUCAGUGCUCAUGUUAACUUCCACCCAGAAAAGUAAUCCACGGAGCAUAUGGUAUGAAAAGCUGCUGAAUGAGAUGUUGAGUCACCUGGAAAGACAACCUAAGAAUAAGGAGCGCCGCAUAGCAUGGCUUACACAUGUUGAUUCACUGUUUGAUGGUGCUGGGCUUGUACUGCUAUCUCAUUUUAGGCGCCUUUUUCCUCUGUUCUUUCAAUUGAUGCAUGCCGAUGAUGAUGACACAGUUCUAUUGGUACUGGAGCGUACAAAAACAGUUCUGAGAUUGACAUGGAUAAGGAAUUCGCCAUACAUUGACAGAUUGGUGGAUGAACUUGUCAGUUUAUACAAGGAAGCAGCAAUGAGAUCUCUUCAUGAUGAUAUCAGAUCACUUAUUCUUGAGACACUUAUAUUGCUGCAGCAAUGCAAGGGUGUACAGUUUGAAGUAGCUUGGGACAAGCAUAAGAAUGAUCUGGAUUUGACUCUUCUCCACCAAUCCUUUGCCGGAAGUCAUACUGCAGCGGUCUGAAAAUCUCAGAGGUUUUGUGAUGAUUCUCCAUGACACUGAGAAGUCAAUCUGAUACUUGAGUAGUUGAGUGUCAUGCUUGGGUUCAGAAUCCGGUGUCAUUCACUUCACCAAACAGUUUACCAUGUUACCAUUGAAGUAUUUGCAACCCUUGCUUCUUCAAUGGAGUCCCUACCUCUGAUUUCAGGUCUGCGGCAAUUGACUUGGAGAGAGAGAUGAACCGAGAGGUGGACGCAAUUGUGGGAGAAUAUGGUAAGAUUUGACAAGCAGAACAAUGUAAAAGCUCUCCUUUAUCUACCAUUAUAUUGCUAUCUAACGUUUUUAAGAAUAUUAAAAUAGAAUUCAGGAUCAACCAACCUUGUACAGAAAAAACAAGCAAAGGACAUUAAUGCAUACUCAAGGUCGAUGAACAAUUUGUAGAAAUAUUAACGUUUAAAAGGGAUUGCAAUGAUUAUUUCUUUUGGGAUUAAGGAUUGAAUGUUGAUUUUUUGGUUGUAGCAUUGAUUCGACAAAAUUAGGGCUGAACAUGAUAAUAUGAGUAUAUGAGUUUUAUCUCUCUCUGAUCAUUGUGUUUUUGUCAUUUAGGAAGAACAUCAUCCUGAAAUGUAUAAUUUCUUUCUUUGUCCACGCUUAAUCACCAUUGCUUCCUUAUAUUUAUGACAUGAUUUAAAAUUAAAAGCAAUAUCAUCUUUUCCCACCUUCUUUGAGUAAAUCUAUCCUUUAAUGUGAUGCCCCUUCUGUACCCUCACAUAUCCUUGAAAACCUACCGUGAAAUCUCCCUGUCUGUAGACUCCCAUAUCUUCUUCCCUGGAAGGCUGGAACCCCUUGUUUCUCAAUUUUUUGGCUUCAGCGUGCAUGAGGUUCAAAGGGUUGGAUGCAUGUCUUCGUUUGCCGCGGAUAAAGCAUUGUUGAUGGCAUUGAUGUUGGCAUUUCUGUCAAUUGGGUGUGCGCUUGGGAUAACGGUGACAACUUCAGCCCGGAUAUGGGUGAGUGAGCUAUUUUUGAAUAUGGCGGCAGAGGCAAAUGCGAGGUUGGUGGCUGGCUGUUAUGUGGAAAAGUUAGGGCUUGUCGCUUAGAUUGGUGAGUUUGAGAUGCUAGUGCCACUGAACAAAUCUUGAUGGGUGGUGUUGUGACUUGUGAGUUCAUUAUUGGAAUGUUCAGAGUAUCUCAAAACAAGGUAAUUGAUGUAAGUCUGAACCAAUCAUGAUGAUCUUACAAGCAUCCGUAGAAAUCAAUAAUACAUAUUGCUCUUAUGUGAGUGAUUGACUCAGUGUGGUUCACUUGACUUAUAACUAGAUCGUGAUUAUUGUUUUCUUAUUUUAAAAUAUUAUUACUAUUACACCAC